AAGGUUUUGUGCAGGGAGUUUGAGAGGCCAUGUUGAUGAUUUGUAUGGCGCCGUGGGGAUUUCCCUAGCGGGGAAAAAAAGAAGCCCUUUGCCGGGGGAUUUAAAAAAUAUAUAUAUAUAUAUAUAUAUAUAUAUAUAUAUCAGGUUAGGCUGGCCUGGGGCGACACAACCCUUCGACCGAACUCGCAAUGAGAAAGGGAGAGCGGUGUCGGAGUGGAGACGGAGCAAGGAGCACAUAGCGAAAGAUACUGCCAGGGAUUCAGUGGUGGAAACUAGUGUUUGUUCAACCGUUGUUGUUAUCCAUACGCAAACAUUUUACUGUAUCGUAAUAGAGACUGUAUAUUACAGCCAGCAUCAACAGUGUAAUUCUGCAGUUAUAUUACAUUUUGCCUAUGCACUAUACUUAAUCUGUGGUAACACAUGGUAGAGAAGGGAUGAUUUUAAUAUGUUAUUGUUAAUUUCGACUUUUAAUUGAAAAAAUAAAUAAAUUGGAUACUUGCCAAUUAACAAUUUUACAAAUUAUAGAAUUAUGUUAAUGACUAAAGUGACAACUGACAGGCUGUAUUGUAACAUCGGACUUAUAGUUCGCCUAAUUUGUUUUACGUAGCCCCUCCCGCAAACUAAAACUAGAGCUAGAUACAGACCAGUUUAACUUCGGUCGCCAAAUUGAAAACAUGGCUUGGGUGCUGAAGAUGGAUGAGUCGAUCGAGUCGGGGCUGGUGCAUGACUUCGAUGCUAGUCUCUCUGGAAUCGGGCAGGAACUCGGCGCCGGCGCCUACAGUAUGAGUGAUGUCUUGGCACUGCCUAUUUUCAAGCAGGAAGAUUCAAGCCUGCCCCCAGACAGCGAGACCAAAAACCCUCCAUUCCAGUAUGUUCUGUGCGCUGCCACCUCGCCGGCAAUCAAACUGCAUGAUGAGACCCUCACCUACCUGAACCAAGGUCAGUCCUAUGAAAUCCGAAUGUUGGAUAACAGAAAGAUCGGAGAACUGCCAGAAUUGAACAGUAAAAUAGUGAAGAGCAUAGUUAGAGUGGUGUUUCAUGACCGGAGGCUUCAGUAUAUGGAGCAUCAACAGCUGGAGGGCUGGAGGUGGAAUCGCCCUGGAGACAGACUGCUGGAUGUUGAUAUCCCAAUGUCUGUUGGAAUUAUUGACCCAAGGACAAACCCAAACCAGCUCAAUGCAGCUGAAUUUCUGUGGGACAUUACAAAGCGCACUUCAGUUUUUGUCCAGGUACAUUGCAUCAGCACAGAAUUUACUCCUAGGAAGCACGGUGGUGAGAAGGGUGUACCAUUCAGAAUUCAGAUCGACACUUUCAAUCAUAAUGAGAAUGGAGAAUACACUGAUCACCUCCAUUCAGCCAGCUGCCAAAUCAAGGUCUUCAAGCCAAAGGGAGCGGACAGAAAGCAAAAGACUGACCGAGAGAAGAUGGAGAAAAGGACCCUUCAGGAGAAAGAAAAAUACCAGCCUUCGUAUGACACCACCGUCCUGGCAGAGAUGAGGCUUGAGCCUAUAAUAGAAGAUGCAGUUGAACAUGAGCAGAAAAAGUCCAGCAAGCGGACUUUGCCAGCAGACUGCGGUGAUUCUCUGGCAAAGCGAGGCAGUUGUUCUCCUUGGCCAGACAACGCCUAUGUGAAUACCACGCCAACAUCUGCUCCUACAUUUACCUCUACAGCGCACAGCACUAGCACUGUUCCAGACAGGCAACGACAUUCAAGUUUGGAACUGAGCAGCACAAGCAAUUCCUCCUCACCGAAUAAUCAGGGAGAUUUGAUAGUCAAUGUGGCGAUGGAACAACUCAGUCCCACUGCUUCUAUACAGGAGGCACAGCAAUGGCUUCACAAGAAUCGAUUUUCUACAUACGCACGGAUAUUAUCAAACUUCUCAGGUUCUGAUUUACUUAAGCUGACACGAGAGGAUCUGGUUCAAAUCUGUGGCCCAGCUGAUGGAAUUCGGCUGUUUAAUGGACUUAAAUCAAGGUCUGUUAGGCCACGCUUGACUAUCUAUGUCCGUCAGGAAACAACGCAACCAGAAACUCUUUCACAGCUUGAAAACCAGCAAGAGACUGAGAAUGGAGAACACAGCAAUAGUGCAAUAUAUGUGUAUCAUGCUCUCUACUUGGAGGAGAUGACUGCAGCUGAGCUUACCAGGAAGAUUGCCUCCGUUUUUAAUAUCUCCUUGAAUCAGAUUAUCCAGGUUUAUAGACAGGGUCCAACAGGCAUACAUAUACUCGUCAGUGAUCAGAUGGUGUACAACUUUCAAGAUGAAAGCUGUUUUUUAAUCAGCACAGUGAAAGCAGAAAACAGUGAAGGUUAUCACGUGAUAUUGAAGUGAAGCAUGCCAAGUAACACUGGACUGACAUUUCCACAGUCAGAGGAAGAAAUCAUUUAAAAGAAAAUGUGCAGAACAACCUUUUAAAAGAAGCAUUGAGCAAAUCCCAGUAAAUGUUAGAAUCUGAUUUAUAGUGUAUAAAAAUGUUUCAUAUUGAAAACAGAAAGAUAUUAAAGAAAGAAGUCAACGGAUAAGCCACUGUCUCGAGUCCUGCGACAUAGUCUUUGACACUCACCAUGAAGAAAAUGACAACGCUCAGCCUUUCUAUUUUUAAAAAGCAAAUAAAGGUCGGUAUAUAUUACAGUUUGCACUGGUUGUUGGUUCAAUAUCUAGCUUGAAAUAUGGAGCGAAAUGUUUCACUUGCAGGUAUUAUUUUUUGACUUCUAUUGUGAAAGAUGUGGAGUACUCGACUGAAGAAGCCUCAGUUGGUUCCAAUAUGGAAAAGAAUACUGUAAAACAGGAAAUAUGUGCAGCAACUUUAUUUUGUGGGUUUCUCUGGACAUAUUUACAACAACAAAUGUUUACACAGGUAAACAACACAUACUGUAUAUAAAAUGAACUGAGUAAUUAUGAACAUUUUGCGGCAUGUAUAUUUUGCUUAUUUUUAAUAAACGCUAAAUUAGUAAAUAUUUCUUGUAAGCAAACAUUUCAUGUCUUACAGUAUUCUUUCUUUCUCUCUCGAUAUCUACAAAAUGCUGCCCUCCCCUCCCUGUUAACACAUUGUUCAAAUUAAAUUGAAAUGACUGUCAAACUUGCUGUUUUUUUGUUUUCUCCAUUGCAAGCAUGUUUGACAAUACGUUUUCGGUAGUCAGACAUGUUCCAUAUCUUGAACUGCCUUAUGUGUGUUUCGUAUCGUGAGUCAAAAGCAAAUGAAAGAAUGAGGAAACAUGACCAAAUAUUUCUGCACUUAAGGCAGACACAAAUGAUACUGGGUUGGGAAAUCUGUUGUACAUUUGAAGUUGCAUAUAUUAAAAAAGAGAGAAGUACAUAUGUAAACAUUACAAAAAGACUAUUAUUUUUUUGCUUGGAUGACAGCUCCAAAAUGAGCUGCUAACAAUGAAAAGUGGAAAAAGAAAUGUGCCCUGUAACUCGCGGUAUGCCAUACUGCUUUUUUUCUGAUUUUUGAAAAAGCAUUACGUAGUUAGUUUUUUUAUUCCAUUAAACUCAGUAUAAGGUGCUCUGCUACAGUUAAUGGGAUUGUGUAGUGAUAAAAUGCAUUCUUUUUAUUAAUGUUAUAUCACAAAAACAAAUUGCUUAAUUUUAUGAUGGCCAGUAAACAGCUGACCUAGAGCACCCUUGUGUUUUUUUUAAUUUUUUUUAUCAUUUGUCAUAAAUUGAAGACAGUGGCAUACAAUUCUGUAGCAUAUCACCUUAAUUGAGUUGUGCUGAUUCGAAAAUUGUGUGUAAAUGAGGAUACAGUGCUUUUCUGCUGCUCUUGUGCAUUAUUAAAUGUUGAUUUACACACUUCAAACUAUCCUGAAAUUAAACCAUGUAAAUCACUUUGUAAAA